CCCCACUGGGCCCACUACAUCACCUGGCCAGGCACGACCAAAAAGAAAGCAGACAUCCAUCAGUCAAUAUUUAGCUCCUGUCUUGACCCCAUUAAUACAGGAGAAGAUAGACGAAGAGCUGGCAAAGAUGAUAGCCACUGACUUCCAGCCUUUCUCAAUAGUGGAGGACACAGGAUUCAAAAAAUAUUCACAGGCGCUCAACCCCUCCUACAUUCCUCCAAGUAGGAAGGCACUAGCCCAGAAGGUCACGGAUAUGUAUGACAGGGAGACAGCAUCUUUGAAGAGAAGGGUGUCAAAAGUACCAGCUGUCUGUUUAACCACAGACUGUUGGAUUUCAAGAACGACAGUAUCAUAUGUCUGUAACCUGCCAUUUUAUUGAGGAUUUCCGUGUGGCCUCCUGCCUCCUGGACUGUUUUGAAUUCAGUGAGCGGCACACAGCAGACAACAUUGCAAAACAGCUGCUUAGUGUUGUAGCAGAGUGGGGGGUGGACAAGAAAGUAGUGUGCUGCCUAACUGAUAAUGCGGCAAAUGUUACUAAGGCUAUACAAACCAUUGGAUGGAUGCACCUACCAUGCCUAGCCCAUACUAUUAACCUGGUGGUAAGAGAUGCCCUGCAAGUUUCAAAGCCCAUCAUUGAUAAGGUGAAAGAGGCAGUGGAAUACUUUCACAGAAGCACCGUGGGGGCACAAAAACUGAAGGAAACUCAACUACAAAUGAAGAUGGAGGAGCUCCGACCGAAACAGGAUUGUCCCACAAGGUGGAAUUCCACCUACUACAUGUUGAAAAGCUUUAUUGCCAGUAAAAAUGCCAUAAUCUCCACCCUGGCCAUCACCAAUGCACCUGUCCGCCACCUGUCCCAGGAGGAAUGGACCACAGUGCAAGAAAUGUGCACAAUCUUGCAACCAUUUGAGGAAGUCACUGUGGAACUCAGUGCAGAAAGCUACUUGACAGCCUCGAAGGUCAUAGUGCUGGCCAGGGGACUUCAAAGAGCCACAGCUGAUUUCCGGCGAAACACUACAACAGCGGUAGCGCAAGGUGUGAUCGACAGUCUGUGUGCGAGUAUGUCAACGUGAUUCCACAAGAUUCAUGCCAACCACAUACUAGCAGAGGCUGCUGCACUUGACCCUCGUUUUAAGAGGAUGGCCUUCCCUGAUGGCAAAACAGCAGAUGAGACGUUUCAAAGGCUAUCAACUGCAGCAGCAAGAAUUAGCAGUGGCACACCCAUCCAACAGCAACCAGCUGUGGAAGGACUGGGAGGAGCAGGCAGUGUUGCUGGAUCAAUAGUUUGGAGCUAUUUCCAUGAGGAAGUAGCUGGAACAGUGGAAGUCAGGAAUCCAACCGCCGAUGCUGUCAUGGAGGUACGAGCCUACCUGGAGGAGCCUCUUCUUCCAACACAUGAGGAUCCCCUCAAGUGGUGGGAGAGUCGAGCCCCUGUUUACCCCAGGCUUAGCAAGCUGAUGGCCAAGAAGCUUUGUGUUGUGGCGACAUCAGUUCCCUCUGAGAGAAUAUUCUCGAAAACUGGACAGAUAAUCUCAGAGAGAAGAAGUCGCCUUAAGCCCAAAAAGGUCAGAGCUCUUGUCUUCCUUAAUGCAAAUUUGCCCAAGGACAAAAAAGAGAGGCAGAAAAAGCCAUAAAGUAAGGAACUGCUUUGUAUUUAUUUACAUUGCAUUUUGUGUUCAUUUAAAACUUGUUCUUUUAAAAACAUUACAAAAGG